UUUGACUACUAGACGGAAAGUUCUGUGCAGAUGUGGCUAAGAAGUAAAACAAAAUAAGAUAAACGAAUUGUGUGUAUAAAUAUAUGCGUGUAGAUUUGUGGGCUGCGCAUAAUUUUGGCACCCAAUAUCUGAAGUGAUGCGCAAAUCACAACCACUGUUGCUGAAUGAUCAACAUGAAGCCGCACGUCUAGGGCUUAACACCGGGGAAGGCGGCUCGGAAAGCUACUCUUCCGAAUCCUCAUUUAGUGAUUCAUAUACGGACAGCAGUGAUUUGGCCAAUUGGGAGGAGUAUGUGGCCGAGGAUGGAACACUUUUCUAUGCGGAGUAUCUGCCACAGGCGCGUCGCCCGAUACAUGAAAAACGUAUUGAAUUCGCGCGCAGCAGCUCGUUGCGCAUGGGUAAGAAGACGGCGCGACGUCAGCAACAACAACAGCAGCAACAGCAAGAACAAAAACAAGCGGCACAGCAGCAAACGCAGCAGGGCAAAUCGAACGGUGGCGGUCGUCAACAGACGGCUGCGCAGUCACCCGCGCAUGAGCACCGUUUCUCUCACAUUAGCAAGUCACACGAAACACCAUGCUACAAGCAAUUAGAAUUGGUAAUAACGGCGGCAGAUCGUUUUCGUUUUGGUCGACGUUCAACCGCCGUGGAAUCCAUACUUGGCUUCCGUGUGGUGCCUUUCCCAGACCAACCAGAGUGUUUAAUGGUUGACAGCUUCGUGCAUGCCAUGCCCACAAUGUUGCAACAGCAACAACAACAGCAGCAGCAGCAACCACAAUCAUCAACUGAGACAGCGGAAAUCGAGCGUGGCGAUUGGUUCAAGUCUUUGGAUGACAUCGAAGUGCGCACCAGCAAUGUGGAUGAACUGCUACUGCAGUUCGUUGAACCCACUAAAGUGUGCCUCAAGUUUCAAGGUGCCGCGUGUUCUAAUGCCACUGCGGGCGGCGCAGAGCAGGCGCAUGCAAAUGGCAGUGGGAGUGCCACUGGUGGCGCGGGUGAAAUGCAGAAGGUGGAGAAUUUCGUAAUGUUCGCUCAAGUAUUUGAGAAGUUACAACUGCGCGCUGUAACAGCAGACAGUGAUAAGAGUUCAACUGUGCACGCAGAAGUUGCUACUGCUAGUGCUGCUGCUGGCACUGAUACCACGGCGGAUGCUGCCUUACCUUUCGCGCUACUCAUACUUCCACCUGAGUGCUAUCAGAGCGAUCAGCACAAAGACUCGUUGUACUAUUAUCCCGAAGAUGUGCAAACUAAUUUCCUUUACAAAGCGCGCGGCAGUUUUCUUACGCUGAAUGCCGUACUCACAGAGGAGCUGCAAACAAAGCCGCUCAUCUCACGACUCCAAGUCAACAAUGUCACCUAUUUUGUGUGCUACCGCUCGCUGAAUGGAUUGCUUGUGCUAUUCGCUUAUGCCGCCGCUUAUCACUCACAACCAGAAGCUGCUCUACGCGCGGACGAACUUAUCGGUUAUAUACAAUUCGCUUUUCCCACGCUCAAUUUGGAAAACUUCACCAAUGGCAAUUCGUCAACAGCAACGCUACGUACUUUUUUACACAAUUUCUGUUCCAUACAGCGCGUUCGUAUACUCCGCACACACCGCAAGCAACCGGUACUCUUUGAGGAGCUACUGAAAGAGUCACGCCAUAUGCCGCUGCCGAAGGAGGCUCAGCUUCGCAUUUUCGAUGCGUUAAGUGAAAUGGAAGCUAUGGAUUAUAGGAAUUGGAAUGAUGAACCUUUGAAUACGCAUCGUGAGUUCUUUAUACAUGGCAGUGCCUUGUACUAUGAUCAUUAUUUGCUCGCAUCGCAAAUGCCAUUGGAAGUACGUGCCAACGUGGAGCUCUUUUUGCGCUGUCGCGGCAUAUUCGAGUUCAUUAGCGAGCAAAGUGUCAAGGAAUUGUAUGUGUGGGAGGAGGUCGCGUUGCCACAGGCCACAGGUCGCUACUUCUUAACAAUUUGCAGUCGCAGCCAUUUGCUUUUGGCAGUCAUUUUGAAAAUUUUCGACGCUCCUGACUUGUCGCCCAACGACACAGUGCCGCCUUCGCUCUUCUACAUCGAAGAAAUUCAAGAAACACUCGACCAUCUCAUACAAUGCGGCAUUGAAUCGUUGGCCAUUUUCUGGUCCAUAUCGAAUAAGCGUCCCGAGGUGUUGGAGAAAGUCGAGCAGCCCGACGAAGCCAGUGCUGAGAAAGAAACACGCAAAAUAGAGAACUUUAUAAAACAAAAAUUCGCCGCUGCCACUUCGGUCGCCACUGGCGGCACUUCGUCGAACAACGGUAAUAAUCAGCGCACGCUGGCCUAUGAUGAGGAAACACAUCUGUGCUCGUCACUUGGCGGUUCAUCCAUACACAGUCUUACGCCUAGUGAAGACGAUUCGAGCCGAAAGCGUCAAACCACCAGCAACACCACCACCACCACUGGUCCCGGCGGCAAUAACGAUGACUCCGAUAGUGGUGGCUCAGAUUGGGAUAACUUUGGUGAACAGAAUCCAUUGCAUUACGGCUGCGACUCCGAACUACAAUCGCAAAUGACCGAAUCUCUUUGGAAGGAAAUAAAUAAUGUUGUGCCAGUGAAAAUCUCCGCCGGCUGGAAGAAUGCAAUCUUCUAUUACGUCUACGUAGAUAACACUAACGGUUCGGUUUUUUGUCCGCUCAAAGCGAAUUCCGAAACGUUCCCAUUCCUGGCGGAAAUGCGUAAAGCUUGCCAUACCAUACGCGCCGUGCUACAGAACACAAAGCAUUACCGGCGUCUAUUGGCGCAGGAUAACUCCAAACCGGCGGCCAGCAAGGGCAUGCUGGCCAUUAAAGAACACGGCGUGACAAUACAGGUGCGCGAAGUGAGUGAGACAACAGUGGCUGGGACGGCUGAGACAGAGAGCGUAGUAAAGGGCCGCUUUGUGGUUGUCGGGCGCCUAUUUAAUUCACCCUUGAAGGAGGUGUAUGUUUGUCAUAAGCCGGAUGUGCCACAAAAUAUGGUGGAGAUGGCUUUUCGGCUUUCAUUCUUCUCAAUGGGCUAAAGAUCGCUCCAUGAACUUGCAAUAUAUUUUUAUUUAAAUGUUUA